AUGGUUUCUGCUUUAUUUGGGUCAGGUCUUGCCGAGGAAGAACUUUUUGAGAAACCAAGGCUAAGCAUUGCAAAAGACCACAUAGUCAUCUCACCAGGAGACACACUGAAAAUAAAAUGCAGGGGAGCACCAUCUGUAAGUUGGCUUCUGCGGGAGGACCACAAGGCCAACCCGCGGGUGCACAGGAGCAGCUGUCGCAACACCACGGGGCAGAGCUGCAGUUUGCUUGUCAUCAGGAGAGUCACUGCUAACGACACUGGGAACUUCACCUGCAUCCGUGACGACGCUCCAGAUGAUGAGGAUCUCAGGGCCAGGAUUUAUGUGUUUGUUCAAGACUAUAGAAAUCCAUUUGUGAAGAUUCACCCAGAGCAUCCUGACAUAAUCUACAUUUCAGACGAUAUGGAAACAGUUGUUGUCCCUUGCCGAGUCACCUCACCAGAUAUCAGACCUAAGCUUAUCCAGUAUCCUUCUUCUGUAGAGAUCAACUUCAAGAAGAUGGUGUGGGACCCGAGAACAGGAUUUGUCAUCCCCUCUCACUCUUUUGUUUACUUUGGAAUGCUCAUAUGCUCUGCAAACAUCAAUGGAAAUGUGUUCAACUCCUAUUACCUGACUCAGAGACUAGAGGACAGAGUAUGGAACCUGACCUUGAAAGCAACUCCCAAAAAACUGCUGGUUGGAGAAACACUCGAGCUGGAAUGCAGAGCAGAAACCUUCAUCAACGGGCGCAUUGAGUUCAAAUGGACAUGUCCUCGUUGGACACACCCUCGUCCUAAGAAAGAAAUGGACCAGAGUAGUGUAGUGUAUAAAGCUGGCAGUAGCCUGAAAAUUGAAAAUGUCACCAUGGAAGAUGGAGGCCUCUACAUCUGCAGAACAUUCAAUGCCACAGGGCUGGAGGCCAACGUCACAGUUACAGUGUAUGACAAACCUUACCUUACGGUUUCACAUAAGAAAGGACCUUACUACGAGAUUGUCUCAGGACACAAGUCACUCAAACUGGCUGCAAAGGUGGAUGCCUUUCCUCGUCCAAGUGUCACCUGGUACAAAGAUGGCAAAUUGAUCAAGGAUAACCACACCUGCUAUGAGCCAGAUCCAAUAAAGUACAGACUGGGGAUACGAGACGUGAGACCAAAGCACGCUGGGAACUACACCAUCGUCCUGAGCAACGCCAAGUAUGGCCUGUACAAGAACCUCACCAUGCAGCUGGUCGUGACAGAGAGACCCAAAAUCUACGAAAAGGAAACUGAUUUUGAUAACAUUGUGCGGGCGGAAUUGAGAAGCAAACACAAAAUUCAGUGCACCACAAGUGGGAAUCCUGACCCAAAGUUCGAGUGGCAGUGGCAGCCCUGCAGCCUCACAGGCACAGUAUGCAAACCUGAGGGGCAAAGAAUUGUGGUUCGGGAGAACAUGGUCACAGGCAACAAGAUCAGAAGCAUUGAAAACAUACCCAUGAAGCAUGGGGAUAAAACAAAGAUUGUGAGCACACUCACCAUGGAAAACAGCAGUACCUCGGGAAUCUAUUACUGUGUGGCUUCAAACAAGGUUGGCGAAGAAGAGAGGAGCAUCAAGUUCUAUGUUUCAGAUGUGCCAUCUGGGUUGCAAACAGCCUCCCAAGUCACAGCCAUUGUGGGGAGCGACGUCUGGCUGACCUGCAGGGCUUCCAAGUACAUCUACACACACCUGGCCUGGUACUACCCCUCCUUAGAGGCAGCUCCCAGUGACUCUGUGAUCAGGAAAACUGGCAGAUAUUCCAUCUCUUUGACACUGGUCAUUCCUAAUGUCACGAAGGAGCAGAGUGGCCUCUACAAGUGCCAAGCCCAGAACCAGCACAACAGCACGGACACGCUGGAGCAGCACUCUCAGCUCCUGGUCAGAGCAAAGGCAGCACCGUACGUGAUACAGAACCUCACCGACCUGGAGGUCAACAUCAGUGGCAAGAUCAUACUGGAGUGCAGGGUCAGUGGGACACCAGAGCCACAGAUCACGUGGAGGAAGAACGGGUACCCCAUCUCAGCAGCCUCAGGAAUUUCCAUGGAAAAUAACACCCUGAUCAUUGAGCGAGUGAAGAAGGAUGAUGAAGGGGUCUAUGAGUGCCAGGCAGCCAAUGACAUGGGCCAGGACAGCACGUCAGCCUUCAUCAAAAUACAAGGUUCUGAGGAGAAAUCCAACAUUGAAGUGAUCAUUUUGGUCUGCACUGGGCUAGCUGCCACUCUCUUUUGGCUUCUCUUGACCCUAUUCAUUCGGAAGCUGAGAAAACCUGAUGCCACAGACAUUAAGACAGGAUACCUGUCAAUUAUCAUGGAUCCAGAGGAAAUGCCCCUGGACGAGCAGUGUGACCGCCUUCCCUACGACAGCAGCAAGUGGGAGUUCCCAAGGGACAGGCUGCGGCUGGGUAAAACACUGGGUCAUGGUGCUUUUGGGAAGGUGGUGGAGGCGUCUGCUUUUGGCAUUGAUAAAUCUUCAACCUGCAAAACAGUUGCUGUAAAAAUGCUGAAAGAAUGUGCAACUACUAAUGAAUGCAAGGCUUUAAUGUCUGAACUGAAGAUCCUCAUCCACAUAGGACAUCAUCUGAAUGUAGUCAACCUGCUGGGAGCCUGCACCAAAGCUGGAGGUCCUUUAAUGGUCAUAGUAGAAUAUUGCAAAUAUGGAAAUCUGUCCAACUAUCUAAGAGGAAAACGAGGAGAUUUCAUUGCAUACAAGUCCCAGGAAAAUUCUGACCAAGCAGAGAAAAGUCUGGAUGAGUCCAACAGUGAUCUGACCGAACUGAUUAAGAGGCGCCUUGAGAGUGUAGCCAGCACAGGCAGCUCUGCCAGCUCAGGAUUUAUUGAAGAUAAGAGUUACAGUGAUUCAGAAGAUGAUGAAGAAGAUGCUGAGGAUCUGUACAAGAGGCCCCUGACUUUGGAGGAUUUGAUUUGCUACAGCUUCCAAGUGGCAAAAGGCAUGGAGUUUCUCGCCUCCCGAAAAUGCAUCCACCGGGAUUUGGCAGCAAGGAACAUCCUUCUCUCAGAGAACAAUGUAGUUAAGAUCUGUGACUUCGGCCUAGCCAGGGAUAUUUACAAAGACCCUGACUAUGUACGGAAAGGAGAUGCACGGCUUCCACUCAAAUGGAUGGCUCCAGAGGCCAUUUUCGACAAGAUCUACACAACGCAGAGUGACGUGUGGUCUUUUGGAGUGCUGCUGUGGGAAAUAUUUUCUCUAGGUGCCUCUCCAUACCCUGGAGUACAGAUAGAUGAGGACUUCUGCCGACGGCUCAAAGAAGGAACCCGGAUGAGAUCUCCAGAGUAUUCCACUCCAGAAGUCUACCAGACAAUGCUGGAUUGUUGGCAUGGAGUUCCCACAGAGAGGCCAACUUUCACUGAGCUUGUGGAGCGCCUGGGAGAUCUUCUUCAAGCCAAUGUACAGCAGGAUGGGAAAGACUAUAUUCCACUGAACAUCACCUUGUGUCCAGAUGGAGAAUCCAACUCCAAAAAUUGCCCUGUGGAAGAAAACUCAACCAAUGGAGUUAAGCGCUGGAGUGCAGUGGAAACUGGUAACAGCAGCAAGAAGCGACCCCUGAGUGUGAAGACAUUUGAUGAGGUGCCAGUGCAAAAAGAGAAAGUGAUGCAUGAGGAAUCUGACAGUGGGAUGGUGCUGACAUCAGAUGAGAUUAAAAGCCCAAAGAGACUGGAAAUCCGUUCCUGGCCUUAUGGGAUCAUGGCUUUAGCGAGGAGGGCUGUCAGCAGGAGCAAGGAAUCCAUCUUAUCUGAUCAUGAGGCUGUCAAGUACCAGCCAGCAGUACAGGUAGAAGAGGACACCAUGGACUUCACACUGGAAGACUCUGUUCUGCUUCCUAUGGAUCCAAACCUGGAAUGCCACAGCCCACCUCCAGACUACAACUCUGUCAUUCACUACUCGGCCCCUCCGGUGUAACCAGCCCCCCCGACAGGCUGCACCUCUCAACCUUG